GUGUUUCAAACUAAAUGUUUGUUUUGUUUUUUUUAUAUUAUUAUUGAAACACAGGCUAUGAAUGUGUGGUCAAUGUUUGGGAUCAAAUCAAUUGGUGAUAAUAUACUAUAGUAGAUAACAAAUGCCACGAAAGCGACCAAACAAAGAGUCGACGACAACGGCUACCGAUGUCAGUGUUGUCGACGAUAACAAGCGGCCAAAGAGGUCGACGAAAACAGCGACGACGACAACGACGACGAGGAAGAAGAAGAAUAUUAAGAAGGAAUCGAUGACCAAAAGUCUGUUCAAAUGUAGCGAAUGUACGGACAGUUUUGAUACUAACGAUGACAUCAAUCAACAUAUCUUCAAAAUACAUUAUGGACUCGCCCGCAUCAAUGACGACAAGAGGACACCGUUUACCGAAAACGAAAUCAUCAAAGCACUGAUCAAAGCCCAAAAAGUGAUGAAAGUCUUAAAAUGUCAGAACACCGGCUGUUCGCGUACUUUCAAGAGUGGUCUCGGAUUGAAAAUGCAUUGGGAUUUGUGCGGCAAAAGUGAGAGCGAAUUGACAACCGAUUGUGAUAUCUGUGGCAGACGUCUCAAGAAGAAUUCGUUGGUAUCGCAUAUGAAGACACACAACAAACCAGAAGAUAGUGACGACGAUACGGACAAUGAGAUAAUAGACAGCCGAAAGAGAAAGUCUGCUAUAAAAGCCUCGAAAACCAUCAGAAAGAGUACAAAAGGAGAGCUUAUCAUAAGCGGCAGUCUUAGCGAUACUGACAACGAAUGGAAUGGUAAGACUGACGAUGAAGAGACCGAACAAGAAGAAGAGGAUAACCGAGAAGAGGAGGAAAACCAACAAAAGAUAAAAACUAAAAGACCUAAAGAAAAACUCACUAAAGAAACUAAUUAUUCGAAAAUGACUGCCGAGAGUAUGUUAAGAAAGAUAUUGAGCACAUGGAGUGAUUUGAUGCUAUCGGUCAAAGAUUUUCUACGACAAGUGCCUAAAGACAAUACGUGGACCUAUGAUGUCGCUAAGGCUGGUAAAGUCAAGUGUCCACUGAAAGGAUGUAAUCAAGAGUUUACCACAAGAGAUGGACUCAAGUAUCACUAUCAAAGGUGUGGAAUUGAAUUCAAAUUUCUAUGGAAAUGUAAAUUAUGCGGAUUUGAAGCACAAAAAGGAAAUAAAACCAUUAUUCAACACAUUUGGAACAAUCAUAAGACUUCCGCCACUGAAUUGGAUAGUGAUUUACAAGAGUUUGUUGUCGUAAAUAUUGAAAAUUAUAAAGAGAUAGCAACGACAAGAUUUGCUAAAAAUGAGAUUAAAAGAAUCGGAACCGUUAGCUAUGCCAUUGAAUUCCACGAGAGAUUCUAUAGACAAAAGUCAUUUGCAUCAUAUGUGCCACAAAUGCAAUCCUGGACUCCCCUGUCUUUAGAGGAACAUUCUACUUACAUACCGAACCCCAAAGUGUCGGCACAAUUCAAGACAACUACCGAUGAUGAGGAGUCAUGGAAACUCUUGAACUUGUUUGAUUCGCACGCCAGUCAACAUAGCGUAACAUUUUACGCCGGUGGUCCCGUUUGGUCGGCCGCCUGGUGCCCUGUACCCCUGAGUGUUACCGACAGUGACCAGUUUCUGGCUAUUGCAUCGAACAUGAAUUGGGAGACAACUCAUACACUCAAUGAUACUGAUAUCGAGAGCGGACUAAUUCAGAUCUGGAAUAUCGGAAAACUAGUCAAACAAUUUGAUGGGUCAAUCAAACCACGAUUAGCCUUCAGUAUUGCUCACUGUUGCGGAAUGGUUUGGGACAUGGAAUGGUGUCCCGGCGGUACUACAUGGGAUGAAAUAGUUUCCGGCCAUCAUUUAACUAAUUUAGAUUCAUUGCCUCGUCUGGGACUGUUAGCUGUGGCUUGCGGUGAUGGUUAUGUACGAAUACAUAGUAUACCAUAUCCACAAUCGCUUGACAAUUCAUAUGACUAUACACUGUACUAUAACGAACCAAUUAUCAUAUUGAAUCCACCUGGAACCGGUAGUUCUGUUGGCAAUGAGGAAACAAUAUGCAAAUGUGUUUCAUGGAUCAAAUCCAAUGAUCAACGUUUGGUAGCCGCUGGCUAUGGUAGCGGAGUAAUAGCAAUCUGGGAUUUGACUACUGUCUCAUCCUUGCUAAUAGUCGAACAAAAUCCCAGUCAAACCAUAUUAAGACCAUUGACCAGUUGGUUGGCUCACAGCGCGGCUGUCAAUCGGAUCAAAUGGUGUGACAAUUCGAGCGACCGAUUUCUAAUCUCAUGUAGUUUUGAUCGAUCGGCCAAACUGUGGAAUAUCAAAGAUACUGUGAUUCCAAUCACAAACGUCAAGAAAGGAUUGUUUACAUCCGUGGCCACACAUUUGCAAUGGAGUGGAAUGUAUUUAGCAAACGACGACUGUUAUCUAGGUUUCCAAAACAAUGUCUUUUUUAAAGACUUUGGUUAUCAAAAUUUCGGUGCAAAUGGUCUGAACUGUCAUAAAACAUGUGUUUGGGAUUUAUCAGUAUCAGAGUGGACACUGGCCACUGCUAGUGUUGACGCGGCCGGCGAGGCCACUAUUUUCCCAGAUUUUCAACUAAAAGCCGAUCCUAAAAGGAAACCCUACGAUAGGAUUCCACUCUAUCACAUAACUGUUCUUCCAUUGACUCAAACCACGACAACAACAACGACAACAGGAAAAUCACAAAAAAGUGGUCCCAAAUCAAAGAAAUCUAAUAAUAAACAAAAUGAAAUCUUGACGGACAUCGGCAUAGCUGAAGAUGAAUUACCUCUCAGAUCGUACAAUGAUUUCUCAAUGAAAUACGGACUCGUAUUCAACGACUAUGAUUUGUCAAACUUGAAGGACAUACCUAUUGAAGAGAUAAAUCGUAUCCGUUUGCCAACACAUAUGCAAUACCAGCGACUCAGCGACUAUCCCAUCCUAUCGAUCAAUAGAGUCUUCUGGAACCCAAACCUGACGUCAUGUCUCUGGUUAUUGACAACCACUCAGUCUGGUCUCUGUCGGCUAUCGUGCGCCUCAUUUCUUAAUACACUUUUCAAUAAUAAUAAUAAUAGUUUCGCUAAUAAUAAUAAUAAUAAUAAUUUAGAUUAAUUUAUAUAUUUUUAUACAAUAUAUAUAUAUAUAUAUA